AUGAUGAUAGUGUCGGAGCUGUUCCAGAGGUCGCACCGCUUUCGGCUGCAAGUGAUUGAGAAUAUGAACCAAUUGUUUGAAUUGUGUCUCGAAUUGAAUCCAAACCGAAAACUCCCGAAACCGAAGACAUUCGCCGAUCGACUCAAGCAAUUGACGAUCGAUUGUCUCGAGAAGUGGUCGCAAGAGUUUGGCGACGGCUAUGAGGAGUUGAGGUCAGCCGUGAAGUACUUGAAAGAUAAUCGACUCAUGGAUUUGAAUGAAAGAGUGGUUCAGAAUAGAGUGCAGAGACAGAGAGCCGACGAAGAGAUCAGACGACGUGAGAAUGUCUUGAAAUUAAAGGUUGAGAAAUGUGUGGAAGAGUUCAGACAAUUGGCUGAAGAAGUGGUGUCUCUUUCCAAACAAAUCAACUCAUGUUUUGAGCUCUUAAUGCCACGAGUCGUGGACACGACUCAAGACAAUAGUGUUUCCGAUGAAUAUUCAGAUCGUGUCCGACAUUUGAAUGACUUCUCAGUCGAUAUUCUGAUCCAACCGUUUGUGGAGAUCGUGGACAAUGAAGACACGAAUCCAAUCAUUUGUAAUCUUCGAGAACUACACUCAGAGUUGUCUAAAAUUCUUGAGAAUCGACUCAAACGACUGAUUGUUGUGAUGUCCAAAGGAUACAAUUUGUGCGAAUCCGACCUCAAGAAAGCCAUUGAUCUGAAGUGUAGGAUUGAAAGCAUUAGUCAAAAGUUUAUUGAAUUAAAAAUCAUUAAACCGUCCGAAGAAUUAGAUGUAAACCACGGAACAGACAAUACUAAUAACGAUGAUUCUGAUGAUGACUUCGAGGAAGUGCCCGAAAAGGAAGGUCUGGAACUCAUUAUUCCUGAGCAUCUGCGCCACGAAUACGGUUUAGAGCCAUUAGAUCAUAGCAUGCCUUCCACUUCCAACGCCAGCAGUUCUUGUGGUGAAGCAUCUCAGACAUCAUCGACGGAACCACAGAGUGAGACAUUGAAUGGAUUGCAAUGCAACGCAAGACUUCCAUCGGGAAAGCUGUGUCCGCGAAGAGACGCCCAGAAGUGUCCCUUUCAUGGAGUGAUUGUUGAGCGCGACUCUAAUGGCGAUCCAAUAGCUGAAGAAGACCGCCGAAGGGAAGCCAUAAGAAUAGCGAACGAAUUGCCCGAAUGGCAGAAUCCGAAGCUCUUGAGGGAACUGAAGGCCGGGACGGGAAUCGAUUUGACACUCAAUUCCAGUCGAAAGCGUCUGAAAAAAUAUCCCAAAUUGCAAGACAUUAAGAAGCCGUCAGACAAUCCACGCAAACGACUCGAACGCAAAAUAUUUAACAAAGGAGUCCGAGAGAGGGUUGAGAAGGACUUGAAUGACAUUCAGAGUAGGAAUCAGACACACUUUGAAGACCAGUGGAACUAUUCCUUACAAAACUGA